AACUUCGGCCGAACUGUCAUGACGACAGGACCGAAUCUUUUCUCACAUCCUUACACAUCACAAAGCACGUCCUAAGCCGAAAAAAGUUCAGGCAAGUGAAAAGCCAAUAAAAACUUGAAAAUUCCAGAUUAAAUUUACACGAAGUUCUCCGCACGGGCCAACUUUCACUUCAUUAUCGAUUUGGAUAGUGAGUGUGGAAAAGGGUGGAAAGUACCGAAAAAAUGUCUGGAAUCUGUGGAGAAGCAUUCGUCGUCCUUGCUCCGUUUGUCGAAUCAGGAAAAACCGUCAUUUAUGGGCGGAACGGGCUCCGAGAGCCGGCGGAUGACUCUGCAGUUAGCGAAGUGCACCAUUAUCCAGCAUCCGAUGGCAGCAGCGGAUCAGUGAAAUGCGAUUCGACUGAAAUUGAUGGAGCUGCGACGUUUUCUGUGAUUCUGGCCAAACCAGCUGGCAUUUGGGGUGCCGAGAGCGGGUCCAACGAAAAAGGCGUCUGCCUAGGGCUUACCUUCAGCGAGGGUCAUCCGGUCGAGGGGAAAGUUAAUGCCACGGAUCUGGUGAGAUUGGGCUUAGAACGAGCCGCCAGUGCAGCUGAAACUAUCGAUGUUUUGACAUCGCUAAAUGGCCAGCAUGGUCCGGCCGAAGAAAGCAAGGAUGCGCCUAAAGCAGCUUUCGUGAUUUGUGAUCCGAACGAAGCAUGGCUAUUAAAUAUCGUUGGAAGCUUCUGGGCCGCACAAAAAAUCUCAGGCAGUUUAGCUCUUAAACCAGGAUUGUCAGUGGGAACGCAACUCGAUCGAUGCUCCGAUGAUCUGCAGUCCAAAUUGCAGGCUAUUGGUGCAUGGGAUGGGGCAGGAGAGUUAAACUUCGCCCAAGCAUUCGGCUCCGAUAGCUCCCGUGCCUGGCCAGGCAGUGAACCUUCUGGAGAGGGUUCCUUUGGAUUAGUGCAAAUGUUUGAAACGCUGAGAGCUGCAGGCGCGGAACAAAAUUCGCUCUCCAGUCAUGUGUCCGUUUUAUCAGAUAGUGGCUUAUCCUGUCACUGGUUCACCGCAACGCCUAAUCCAGUGGAAUCGGUCUACAAACCAUUUAUUUUCACGCCGGGAGUCAAGAUAUCACCCCUUACGAAAAUUCCUUCAGGGGAAAGUCAAACAUUGCUUCAUAAAUUGCAUUCCAAUCGAAAGUGGGAAAACGUGGGCGAUUUACUGACGUCGCUUGAACGCACAUGUGUCGAUGAAGUUAAUCGUUUUAUUAGCGAGCAUUCAAGCGAACCGAAUCAAGAGUUGGAUGAGCUGAUGAAGGAUUGCGUAGAGGCUGAGGUUAAGUUCUACCGUUGAAUCUUUCCCUUGUGCCACUAUCGUUCAGCAAACAGUAUAAACUACUCCACAGCGAAAAAAAGCUAUCUAAUAGCACAGUAACCGUAUUUUUACGACAUUCCUUGACGAAUAAGACUUGCUUGAUCAUGAUUUCGUAGCAAAAGGUAUAGAAGAAAAAGCAUAGGUUUACGAGAGCCACCAAAGUUGCUGACCAACAUUAUGAAUUUAUAGAAUAUCUGUAUGCAAUCAGUAGAACAUUACUAUCGAUAUCUCAAAAAUCGACACCAUUAAGCUACAGUUCGUAUUUUAUACAAUUUAGAAUAAAGUGUGGCAUUUCGUUGCGAGAGUGCUUUUUAAGAUCUGUUAAUCUUGUGUUCAGUUAUAAGCAAUUCGUUACAAUUGAGUAUUGUAAAGUCUGGUAAAGUGAUUUCAUAGAAUCCCAGUGUUUGUUUAGCUUAGCUUGUCUUUGGUAAUGGCGUGAGAUCUCAAAUAUUUUCUAUUUAUAGAUAUCAUUUUUUUAUUUAUUAAAAAUUUGUUUACACAAAGUGAGUCAAGUAUUUUUUACACUUAGUCGAUGUUCAAGUCUUGCUUAAUGUAGUGUAUGAUGGCUUUAUUUUACAAUUGAACAUUUUCAAAUAAUGCUUAACAGUUGCAACAAUACGUGCUCUGAACAGGAAUAUAGCAUCUA